AUGGACCACCGUACCUUUUUACCAAGAACUCAUUCUUGGAGAGACGAUGUCAAAUCAUUUAACGGAGAAGAAGAACAUAGGACUGCACCAUCCAUGUUAAACGGGGCAGAAAUUCUUGAACUCUUAAAAGAUUUCAAUAAUGAAUUUGGGAAGAAGAAUAAGAAGAAAGUUGAUGGCCCGUGGAAGAAGAGGUCAAUUUUUUUUGAGUUGCCUUACUGGGCUCAAAAUACAUUGCGCCAUAAUUUAGAUGUAAUGCACAUUGAAAAAAACAUAUUUGAUAGUAUUGUUGGAACUCUUUUGGACAUCCUGGGGAAGACAAAAGAUCAUAUUAAAGCCCGUUAUGAUUUGCAAGAAAUGGGAAUUAGAGAAAGACUUCAUCCAAGGGAGAUUGGUGGAGGACGUUCAGAGUUUGCGAAAGCAUGUUUCUCAAUGACUCCGCACGAGAAGUCAAUUUUUUGUGGAGUUAUAAAGGCUGCCAAGUUACCAGAUGGGACUGCAUCAAAUAUUUCAAAAUGUGUACAAGUUGGUGACAAAAAAAUAUCUGGUUACAAGAGCCAUGGUGCGCAUUUCAUGUUACACUAUUUGUUGCAAAUUGCAGUAAGAAGCACAAUGCCCAAGGAGGUGGCAACCCCACUAAUUCGUCUUGGUUCCUUUUUCCGCUCUCUAUGUCAGAAAGUUAUACAAGUGGAAGAUUUAGAUUACCUAGAAGAUGAGAUUGUAGAGAUACUUUGUCAGUUGGAGAUGAUAUUUCCUCCAAGUUUCUUUGACAUAAUGGUUCACUUGCCUAUUCAUCUGGUAAAUGAAGUUAGAUUGGGUGGUCCUGUUCAAUUUCGAUGGAUGUAUCCCACCGAAAGAUACUUGUGUAAACUUAAGAACUAUGUCCGCAAUAGAGCUUAUCCUGAAGGUUCUAUUGCCGAGGGGUAUCUGGCUGAAGAAGCUAUAACAUUUUGCUCAAGGUAUUUGCAUAGCAAUGUAGAUACAAGGUUGAAUAGGAAGAGUCGGAAUUAUGAUGUUACCGAUUCACUUGAAACAGAUCCAGAUGAUUACUUUACAACUGUCGGUCGUCCUUUAGGGGGGGCAGGCGAACCCUUUCAUCUUGAUGUGAAAUCAAAGGAUGAUGCCCAUCGAUACAUCUUAUUCAAUUGCAAUGAAGUUCAAAUUUACAUCAGUGAGCAUGAUCAAAGUGUUAAUUUAAACACUAACAAAAGGAAGUGGACCAAGGCCAAAAGUCAAAGUAAAGAAUUUAGUGAAUGGCUUAAAACUCGUGCCCAGAAUGAUGAUGUGCCAUUACAACUUGAAAAACUUUCUAGAGGUCCUAAUUUUGUUGCAAAGAGGUAUCCAGGUUACGUCAUUAAUGGAUAUAGGUUCCAUACUAGAAAACGAGAUGCAAAUCGCAAAACUCAAAAUUCUGGCGUAACUUUAGUUUCACUAACUUCAAGUUUCGCUAGCUCCAAGGAUGGAAAUCCUAGGACAGAACCCAUCACAUAUUAUGGAGCCAUUGUUGAUAUAAUUGAGUUAUACUACUAUGGAAAUUUCAACUUUGUUUUGUUUAAGUGCGAUUGGUUUGAGGUUGAAAAAGACAAAUACGGACUUACUUGUGUGUGUUUCAAUAAGAAAAUUUAUCAGAAUGAUCCAUUUGUGCUACCUUCUCAAGUUCAUCAAUGUUACUAUAUCCAAGACCCUUUUGAUCCAAACCGGCAUUAUGCUCUGCAAACAGUUCCACGAGAUUUCUUUAACAUUGCUGACCCGUCAAACUUACAAGCUGAAAGUGGAGAAAAUAGUGAUGGUGAUGGUGAAUUAAAUUGGGUUAGGGAAGACAUACCUGCAACAAUAGCUGAAACACCUCAUGAAAUGAAUGAAGCUGAAAGUGAUGGAGAGGAUUUUGAUUAUGAUGAUACCCUAUUUGAUUUCAUGGACUAA